AUGACAGAUUUUAUUCAAUGGACAUAUGAAAAUAGAUUUUAAAUCUCUAUUGAUUUAGCAGCUGGAUCUAUUAGUGGAAUGUACUAUUAUUUUUUUAGAGAUUAGAGCUAAUUGUAUUUCAAGUCAUCCAUUAGACACAGUUAAAGUCAGAAUGCAAAUGUCAGAUGAUGGAGUACUAAAAACUCUAUAAAAAAUAAUAAAAAAUGAAGGAUUAAAAGGUUUUUAUAAAGGAAUGUCAUUUCCCAUACUUUCCAUACCAAUAACCAAUGCGGUUGUAUUCUCAGUUUAUGAAUUCUGGAGAAAAUUUUUCAUUGGAAAUUCGAAUAAAUAACUCACAUAUUUCCAAACGUAUAUAUUUAUAAGUGAAUCUAAGUGCAUUUUGUGGAAGCAUUGCAGGAAGUUCAGCUGCAUUGCUCUCUUGCCCAAUUGAAUUGACAAAAUGCAAAUUAUAAAUGUAAGAAACAGAAAAAAUCUACAAAAACCCAAUUGAUUGUGUUAUCUAAGUAAUUUGUUAUUGGAAUAUUUCAUAGAUCUACAAAAAAGAGGGUUUUAAAUAUAUUUUUAGAGGUAUGCAUGCGACCUAAUAAAGAGAAAUUCUGGGGUACUCUGCUUAAUUUGCAGUGUAUGAAUGCAUCAAGGAUAUACUCUGUGAUUUAUCAUAAAAGGCAGAGCCUUCGACAGCAAACUUAUUAAUAUCAGGAGGUUUAGCCGGAGUUUCAUGCUGGACGAUAGGAUACCCUUAAGAUGUAAAUAAAUAACUAAAAUCAAGACGAUUAAAACAAUUCUCCAAUGUUAAACUUGCACUGAUUAGAGAAUUUAUAAAGUGAGAUGCUUUGACGGGGGAUUUUUGGAUUGUUUAAUGCAAAAAAUAUCAACUGAAGGUUUUGGAUCUGUGUGGAAGGGAUAUUCGGUUUGUGUCUUUCGGGCAUUUUACGCUAAUGCUAUCGGUUUUUAUGCGUAUGAACUGGCCAAAGAAUAACUUACUUCACUCUAUUAGUUUUGA